CAAUCCGAAGGCUGGGGCGAAGUUACGGCUAGCCCUAAACCGAGCGAUGCAGCGGAAUAGAAAGCUGGAAGGAAUUCUUAAAGCAAAAAAGGCGAGCCAGAAGCGGUCUCCCGGCAAUGUUUUCAUCGUCGAAGAUUUGGUGUUAUCCCACUGCGAACCCACCACGACGGAAGGCUCCAUCGGCAAUACAUCGAUGACAGCGAUGAUGUCAUCGUUUAAUUCUUUAGCGGUGGCGUCGAUGAACGUCCCGCCGUGCGCUCCGUCUGAUGGUGAGGACGAUAUCGGACGUAAAUCGUUCGAGUCGUGGAAGGAGCUGUUGGAAGCUUCGCUAGCCUUGGUAGGAAUCAGCGACGAGGCGGCGAAAAUGAACGCCUUCAAGGUAAAGGCCGGAGCGAAGCUUCUAGACAUCUUAGAAGAAGCGCCAGCACCCUCGUCGGACCCAAGCGCUCCGUAUUCAGCCGCUAUGGGCCGACUGAAGGCCUUCUUCGGCUCGCGGGAGUAUAGCCUGACCCAGCGACAGAAGUUAAGGAACCUGGUGCAGGUGACGAAUGAGGAAGAUUCCAAAUAUGUGAAGCGUGUCGUGGCGGCGGCCAAGCUUUGCGACUAUGAAGGAGAUAAGCUGUUAGAAAGCGUCGCCGAGGUGAUCCAGCAACACGCGACUGACAGCAAAGUGCGGGAGACGGCCAGAAAGGUGCUCCGUAAAGGAGGCUCCCUCACUGACCUGGUCGAUAGGAUACGCGGGCACGAGCUCGACAAAAGCAGCGAGGAGCUUUAUGCGAAGUCGCACCCUCCGGCACGCGAAGCUACGGUGGCAGCCGUUUCUUACGGUCAACAAAGAGGAAACUGGCCACAGAGGAAUAGCUUCCGAGGAGGCUAUUAUAAACCGAUGCGGUCGAUGGACAGGUCGUUCGACCCGCAAGGCCGCAAGCGAAACUGGCAAGAUUCAUAUCCGACAGGCCAAAAUACGAAACCGGAGAAACCAUGCUGGAGGUGCUCUAGCAACAAUCACGUGCCCUCCAGAUGUUUCGCGUUGUUGCAGAACAAAGUGUGCCACAAUUGCGGGGUUGUGGGCCACAUCGAGAGGGCUUGCACCAAAUUCCCUUCCCCUGCUUCAUCAAAACGUAGGAGCUUGAACGACGGGGAAGACAGGACCGUCAAGGUAGCAGCGGUGACGAAGGAAUGCUGCGAAGAUGCUGAGGAUGCGGUAGCCGUUAUUGCGCAGGUAUCAGGCGCUAAAGAAUACUUGGAUUUGUCUGGCAACGAAGGAACAGUCCUUGGCCACAUCAAUAGCGUUCCGAUCCUCUUCUUGAUCGAUUCAGGAGCAGAGGUCAACACUGUUAAUGAAAGUAUAUUCAGUUUACUCAUGGACGAUGAGCAUUCCAGGGAACACAUUUUCAGCGUGACGAGUGGCUCGGACAAAUCUUUAUACGCCUACGCUAGCGCCGAGGAGGUACAUGUAGAAAAUACCUUUGUAGCGGAAUUGUUCAUCUCCGAGGACCGCCCCAGAUUAUUCGAAAAAUUCUAUGUCGUCCGGAAAGCCAAGCCUCUACUGAGCAGAGAUACGGCACUGCGGUACAGCGUCCUUCAACUCGGAUUGAAGGUGGAAAUACGGGCCAUAUCAAUUUCCAACGAAUUUCCUAAAUUCAAGAUGCCACCAGUCGUGAUAGAAUAUCACAAAGAAAUGCCACCGUCGCGCAAUAUCUAUACCAACAUCCCCUUGCCAUUUCAGGCGCUGUUACGCGAGGGAUCACCGUAG